GGUCCCGGCCGCGCUGUCACUCCGCGAGCGGCGGCGGCCGCGCGGGACGGGGCGCAGCGAGCGCCCUGCCAGCAGCUGCCUCACCAGGAUGAAGGGGACAGCCAAUGUCAACUCCACUGGCCGCAGCCACUACCAGUCUGCUAUCCCAGUGCCCCGUGCCAUGGCCCACAGCAAACUGCACACCACAGACCUCCUGAGCACCCCAGGGUCCCCUGUCCUCCACAGGGCUCCGUCCCCUCGGCCAGGGAAGGUGCCAGGCCCCGGUUCCAAGACUCUCAAGCCCAAAGCUACUGGCAAAGCUGCUGGCCAUGAACAGGCCGAGGCCAGGGAGGGAAGCCCCAGUGUCCCUGCUCAUGGUGGGCAGAAAGCCCCAUCAAGACCCCUGGUGUCCCCUGGGAAAUGGCCAGAGGCAGCUGGCAGUGGGAGGAGAGGGGCAGGCAGGGUGGGGGAGCCCACCGAGUUGCACAAAGCUCCCCUAGCACAGGGCAGGAGUGGGGGGCGGCUGGGAGGGUCCCCUGGGAGGGGCAGUGGAACAGCCAUAACAGGGACAGGGGAUGAGUGUCAUGGUGAUUCACAGGGGAGGGGCCCCGUAUUUGGGUCAGGGGCCAUCACUUUCUCCUCAGGGCCCACACACAGCCACCCCAUCACUGCCACUGUGGCACCCUUCCAGUACCGGCUGCAGGAGGACCAGGAGCAUGAGAGGGCCACAUCCCCUGGUGAUGAGUGCUCCGGUCCUGAGAAGGGAUGUGACCCUGACCCCAAGCCCAGAGGCCUGAGUGAGUCCAGAGGGGUUGGUCAGGAAUGGGGGUGUCCUGCUGGGGGGCUGCCGUGACAGUGCCAGGGGACAGAGCCUUGUGCUGGAACGGGAGCCAGGCCUGGAGGUCAGUGGGGGGAACCCUCACACUGGAGGUGCCCCAACUCCCCUUGGAGUCUGCAGUUCCUGUGUCAGGUGACCUCCCUGGCCAGAACCCUACACUGUGGGAAAGGGGACUGACCCCUCCGGGGACGGUGCCAGGACAUCGCCCUGGCUGCCUUCUGUCCCUCCACAGUUUCCCAGAUUGCUCAAGGAAUGACCCAUUUUCAAGGAGCCGGCGCGGGGGGACCGCUGGCU